AUGGAUAAACAGGUUGGUACCUGUUCUGAAUUGGAAAUAAUGCUACGGUCCUCCUUCUCUAGAAUGCGUCAGUCAAGCCUAAAAGUAACAUAUGGACCAUAUGAUAAUUAUAUUCCAGGUAAGAAGGAACCAAAGGAUAAAGGAUCAGUCUCAGAAUCCGAAGGUGAAAAAGCUGGUGAGAAGAAAGAGGCCAAAAAAGGUAAAAAGGAGACAAAGGAUAAACUGUUACUCUCAGAGUCUGAAGGUGAAAAACCUGGCCAGAAGAAAGAUGCCAAAAAAGGUAAGAAGGAACCAAAGGAUAAAGGAUCAGUCUCAGAAUCCGAAGGUGAAAAGGCUGGUGAGAAGAAAGAGGCCAAAAAAGGUAAAAAGGAGACAAAGGAUAAACUGUUACUCUCAGAGUCUAAAGGUGAAAAGGCUGGUGAGAAGAAAGAGGCCAAGAAAGGUAAAAAGGAACCAAAGGAUAAAGGGUCAGUCUCAGAAUCUGAAGCUGAAAAGGCUGCUGAGAAGAAAGAUGCCAAAAAAGAUAAAAAAGGGACAAAGGAAAAGGAGAAAGCAUCCUCAGAAUCUGAAAGUGAAAAGCCUGGUGGGAAGAAAGAAGCCAAAAAAGAUAAAAAAGGGACAAAGGAAAAGGAGAAAGCAUCCUCAGAAUCUGAAAGUGAAAAGCCUGGUGGGAAGAAAGAAGCCGAAAAAGGAAAGAAGGAGCCAAAGAGUUCCAAAGUUACACCUGCAGAUUCAGAAGCUGACAAGCCUGGUGAAAAGAAAGGAAACAAACUUACUAAAAAGCCUUCAAAGAUCAAAGAGACACCUGUAGAUUCUGAGAGUGAGAAGGGAGGUUUAAAGAAAGAGGGCAAGAAAGAAAUCAAGAAGAAGGAGUCUAAAAAGGAAAAGAAGGCAGGAGAUUCAAAGGAAGAUGCUAAGAAAGACAAAAAAGACAAGAAGAAAGACAAGAAAGACUCUGCAGGUGAUUCCCCUGAUUCAAAGAAGGAGGAAAAGAAGGCAAAGAAAGAGAAGAAGGGAAAGUAG